AUGGCAGACUCGUCGAUACAAGGUUCGCUCGCUUCCACAGGCAGCGAAGGCCGUAAUAUCACACCUGACUUCUGCAAAAUAACUUCUGGGAAAGAAUUUCAUCGCACUCGGGAGCCCAAUACCCUAGAUUGGGUGUUCAGCCAUCCCCAACUUCAAGAAUUUCGCGCAAGUACAAGAAAUGAGAUACUAUGGUUUGCUGCGCCAGCCGGAUGCGGAAAGUCUGUUAGCACAAGAUCGAUCAUAGAAGAAAACAUCUUCCACUCUGUUGAUGGGCUUGUGUGUGCGUGUUUCAUAUUGAAGGAUGGGUCGAAAAGACAAAAGCCAGCAACAGCAUUGCAAGCACUGCUCUAUCAGAUGUUUACUGCGCGACCACAGCUCUUUAACCGUUAUGCUGCGGAUUAUGUUAAACAAACUAACAACGGACUACUUCAUGAUAAGGUUGCAUUGUGGGACAUAUUCAAAAAAGCCUUAGCGGACCCAAUUUUAGGGAAAGAGGUUGUGUGCAUCAUGGAUGGACUUGAUGAGUGCGAUGACACUGCCUGGUUGAUUGCAAGUCUCAUGCAACUUUGGUUCGAUGUUGAGCGUUCUGAGGCAGACUCCAGACCUAUACUCAAGAUAUUCCUCACAUCAGAUCCACGCGUAGAAUUUCAGAUACUCUUUCGUAGUACGCAGAGGCUACGUGAGAUACAUCCUUCUGAGUCCGUUGAAGAGAUCAAGUCCGAUUUACGAACAUUAUACCGAUAUCGCCUGGAUAGACUGCCUUGCUCAUCGUCGGAUCGGCUAAAGAUUGAUGAACGUUUUCACAAACUUGGUUCUGAAACUGCCAAUUACUUGUGGUUCAGCCUAUACUGGCCGCGAAUUGAGAAAACGAUAAUCAGCCAGAGACGUGCAGAACGAAGCAAGCUCCUUUCUCGGAUUCCCCAAACCCUCGACAAGCUGUAUAAGCAUCUGCUGAAAGGCUCUCAAGAUGAGGAUACUGAGGCCUGGAUGUUCCGCAUGGUAUUUGGAGCAGUGGAGCCGCUUACAUUGACAGAGCUUAACGCGGCUUUCGCGAUCAGUUCUGAAGCAACUUCCUACACGAAUCUCAAUCUGAAACAACCUGGCCAGUUUAGGCAAUAUCUCAAUCAGUUAUGCGGUCCACUUCUUACUACCAUUGAUGACAAAGUAUACUUUAUCCACCACAGUUUUAGGGACUUUUUGUGUCAUACUAGUAGCUUCAAGCGACAUACAGGGAAAUUCAUGCACAAAAUCAGCAAAGCAGAUUGCCACACUGCGCUUGCAGAGGUUUGUUGUCGGGUUUUGAAGCCGAGAGAGUGCAAAAACGAAGUUACGAAUGAUGCUAAGCGCAGAAAGACUUCGAGUGGAUUUCAGCGCAACAAGCAAACUUCUGACGACAUCAUCAGUCACAACCCUUUUCUGCGGUACGCCGCAAUAAACUGGCAUCAACACGCAAAACUGUCGCGGAAGCAUGGCCCAGAGAUUAACGAGAUUAUUCAAGAUCUAUGCACCCCAAAAGAGGCCGGCAAGAUCCCACGCGGUCUCGGUAUUCUCAGUCAUCAAAGAAGGCCAGAGAUGGCAGAACUAGCCGCCGAAAUCGAGAAGAUUGUUCCGCGACAUACCCUCUCUACAAACGCCACUACUAUUCUUGUCCUAUACAUAGCCGCUUGGCUCGGUUUGCAUACUCUUCUGAAGCACAUGCUCUCCAAGAAACCACCCAGGGGGGCGUCAGCAAAUCUCGCCGCGACGCUUAUUAACCACGCUCCACGCACAGGCUAUCUCACACCCUUGGGCAUUGCAGCAAAGCGUGGCCAUAUCGAAGCCACCAAACUUCUUCUCCUCAAGAGUGAGACAGAGCCUUUGGAUCCUAACAUCUCCCCUCAGUUGUCACUCCAGCUGUCCGGCGAUGUCAAAUGGAACACUCUUUUCCACUGCGCCCGCAGUGUUGCCAAAGCCGCCGAUGCCCCUGCCAUAUCCCGUGUUGAGAAACAAUACAAAGGUCAGCUUGUGACUGCUACCAUGAGCGGGGAGUAUCAGUAUGUGGAAAACCUGCUGGCUAAUGGACCCGAUCCGAGUGAGUUUGAUUUUAAGGACGUGUAUUGCGCGGCACUCUAUUCCUCUCUGGAGGUUGAUGAGCCAAACACAAACGUUAUUGUACGGUUACUAGAGGUCGGCGCCGAUGCUAACUAUAGAAGGGACAAUGCCGAGACAAUCCUUGAAGUAGCUGCACUUCAUGAGGACCCCGAGCUGGUGAAGAUGUUAAUUGAGGCCGGUGCUGAUCCUAAUGUCUAUUCGGGAAAUGGGAAGCAUUGGUAUGAGCAUGUCGGUAUGAAAGAUGUUGCGAGAGAGGCUGGCUUGAGAGUUUGA